AUGAAGGUUGAGAAGAUCAAGUACAAGAAGAAGAAGGUGGACAAGGAGAGGAAGCCCAAGCAUGAGGCACCUGGCAUUGUCCGUGAGUGGAUAAGCGGUGGGGAAUCAAGUUCUUGUAGCUCAAGUGAUGAAUUAAGCAAGAACUUCAGCACUCGCUUCAACAAGCAAGGCCCCUCAUCAUCAUCGUCACACUUUUUCCUAAUGGCCCGAGGUAUGGAGAGCGAUGUAAGUGAUGAUGAAUCCGAGUCCCCUUCCAUUGAUGAUCUUCUUGAAAAAGACCAUAAGUCCUAUCAAUGCCCUCAAGUCAAGAAGAUGAGAAAAGAUGAGAAGAAGAAGAUGAACUUCACCAUGAAGAGCUCCCUCAUCCACACAAAUUCCAACAGCAAGAACAAGAGCAAGAGCAACACCUAUGUCAUCAAGAAGAAGACAAAUGGCAAGGUGGUUGCCCACAAGCUGUUAGUUGAGUUGCAAUGUCUGGGCAAGAACACCAAGCUCCCAUCGCCCUACUCCUCAUCCUCAUCGUCUCUGUCAGCGUGUGAUAAAUACAUCAGUGUUUCCUCCAGAACAUUAACCAUCACGAACCACUGCGGGCACACUGUGUGGCCGGGAAUCCUGUCCAGCUCGGGCUCGCCGACGCUAGAAACCACCGGCUUCGCCCUCGAGCCGGGCCAGUCGCGGUCGCUACCGGCGUCACACGGGUGGUCGGGACGCCUCUGGGGUCGCACGCACUGCUCGGUCGACUCGGCCGGCAGGUUCUCCUGCGUCACCGGCAACUGCGGAUCCGGCCAGCUGGACUGCGCGGGCCACGGAGCCAAGCCGCCCGCCACCCUGGCCGAGUUCACGUUCGACGGCCACGGCGGCCUGGACUUCUACGACGUGAGCCUCGUCGACGGGUACAACCUGCCGAUGCUUGUGGAGCCGCGCCAUACGCACGGUGCGGCCGCGGGGCCCAACUGCGUGGUGACGGGGUGCGUGAUGGACCUGAACGGCGCGUGCCCCGCCGAGCUGCGGGUGGGAUCGUCGGACGGCCGCGCCGUGGCGUGCAGGAGCGCAUGCGAGGCGUUCGGGUCGGCGGAGCACUGCUGCCAUGGGGAGCACGGGAACCCCAACACGUGCUGGCCGACGGUGUACUCGCAGUUCUUCAAGAAGUCGUGCCCGCGGGCCUACAGCUACGCGUACGACGACGCCACCUCCACCUUCACCUGCGGCGGCGGCGGCACGUCGUACGCCAUCACCUUCUGCCCAAGCACAACCAGCGUGAAAUCAGUGGGAACAGAUGCGGCGUCCGUUGGCGGCGGACAAGUGGGGUCGUCGUCGUGGCCUGUCGCGCCGCGGCAUGGAUCCAGCCUUGUCCUCCUCGGCGUCGCGAUUGCGGCCCUUGCACCUGUCUUUUAACUACUUCUACUACUAUCAACGGAAGCGACCAACAAUCCAGCAUAUCUGCAUAUGCUGGGCGAUGGACGCGGAGACCAAUUCCCUCUUUUAUAUACAAAAGUUAAUUUCAAUUUUUUUUAAUUCUAUAUCGUCUGGGAUGUCCAAACUUCCUGAUUGUAUUUCUAUGAUCAGAGAUCAACAACCACAAUGCAUUCAUGGCAUCCAA